AUGAAUUGGGAGUUUGAUUUUGAUCUUCUUGAUCAUCAUGCCUAUGAUUAUCAGGAUAUAUUCGAUGACCUAUUUGUUUAUGAUUUGAAUGAAAUUUCCCAAAUAUCAUCAUAUUCAACCAGUUCAAAUACUUCGAAAGAAUCUUCAGUAAAACCUCAAGAUAAUACAAUUAAAUUACAAUUGAAUUCAAAAGUCUAUUCUAAUCCAAAAGAGAUAUCCCAACAAAUAUUGAAAACCGUCGAUGAUGAAUUCAAUCUUGAAGCAAAAUAUAACUCAGUUUAUAAGAAUUCAAACUUACAAUUAAAUUUUAAAAAAAUUAAAAAAAGAAGAGACCCAUUAAAAGAUGAAAAUAUUUGGCAACCAGAAUCAAUUUAUAAAGCUUAUACUAAUAAAAAACCUCAUUAUUUCGAUAAAUCAGACUAUCCUGAUAAUAUUCCUAACUCUUCUUGUUUUGGUAGAAUAAAUAUGAGAAUAAAAGGUGCUUGGACUAGAAAUAAAUAUGCAAAUGUUUAUUAA